UGCCUAGCUUCUCCGCCUCAGCCAACCCGGGCUGUGCCGAGCUGCUCCCUGCGGGAUCAGAGCGCUCCCCCGCCGGGACCCUUCUCUCACAUCCCCCUGCUGGGACGCGGCUACAUUUCCAGCCAAGCACUGCCUGCCUUGGCUUUUUUUUUUUUGUAUUAUGUGUGUCUGCACCGCAGCCCCGCCAGCAGAGGCAGGCAGAGGAGGAGGGAGACUGGUAGCCAGAGUCAGGACAAAGAAAAAGCAGGGAGACAGAGGCUAGCGGAGGGUUAGGCUGCUCCGAAUAUUUGCCUCUUAUUCACACCGCGAGACGGACGAGGGGCUUUGGGGAAUAACAACACAAGCGAAGUGGGGCGUGUGGGGGGUGGAGACGCGCCGUGUCCGCCCGGUCUCCACUAGCACAGAACGGACACACACUUAGCACCCGGUCCCCACUAUUACAGAACGGACACACACGUACCCGGUCCCCACUAUUACAGAACGGACACACACUUAGCACCGGGUCCCCACUAGUACAGAACGGACCCACACUUAGCACACCUGGUCUGUAUCCUCGGAUAUUUCCUGGGUGACUUUUAGCCGAGACGACCACAAGUUGUUUAUCCUCCAGGUUGUAUCCACGGUAUUUUUUUUUUACCCACCUUUUUUCCUUUUUUUUUUUUACCACCCUCCGACUCCAGUGCGCGGAGGUGCCGCAUUGCAACAGGCGAGAAGAGGCGAAGAAGCGGCGGCCGAGUGGAGCAGGAGGAAGGAGGGCUUUACUCCGCCUGUGCCCGCCUGCAUGCUCGGCUGAAAGCACGGAGCGGAACAAAAACACUCCGAUAAAAGACGGCAACGGCAGAGAUGUCCAGGCGGAAACAAGCCAAACCUCGCUCCGUUAAAGCGGUGGAAGAAGGGGAAGCUUCAGAGUGUGGCCAGACCUGGGAUGAAUCAACUGUCCAGACAGAAGUCUCGGCAUCGGGCAAAGCGGCCGAGCCCAAAGUUGGCCACGGAGUUGCUGCCGAGGACGGAGACCAGUUGGAGCACGGCGACCGUGAAGACGAGGAGCUGGAUGAUGACUCCAUCUUCACCUGCGACAACUGUCAGCGGGACUUUGACUGUUUGGCCGAGCUCACCGAACACAGAACGAACCACUGUCCAGCAGACGGCGAUGACGAUCCGGCAGGGCUGUCCUGGGUACCGUCCUCGCCCUCCAGUAAAGACGUGGCCUCGCCUUCGCAGAUACCCGACGGCUGCUGCGAUCUGGGCACGGCGACGGGCGGCGAGGAGGAAGGGGGCGCCGGUCUGCCGUACCCGUGUCAGUUCUGUGACAAAUCCUUCAGCCGGCUGAGCUACCUGAAGCGUCACGAGCAGAUACACAGCGACAAGCUGCCUUUCAAGUGCACCUUUUGCAGCCGCCUCUUCAAGCACAAGAGGAGCAGAGACCGCCAUGUCAAACUGCACACAGGGGAUAAGAAGUACAGUUGUCAGGAGUGUGAAGCUGCAUUUUCUCGCUCGGAUCACCUAAAGAUCCAUCUGAAGACACACAGCUCCAGCAAACCGUUUAAGUGCAGCGUGUGCAAACGAGGAUUCUCCUCCACUUCCUCGCUGCAGAGCCACAUGCAGGCUCACCGAAAGAACCGAGAACACCUCGCGCUGAGGAGCGAGAAAGAUGGCGGGAAGAAGGGUGCUGGAGGCGAGGUGGAGCUGGAACAGGACUUGUACAUGUGCGAUUACUGCGAGGAGACCUUCUGCCAGACCGACGAGCUGGAGAAACACGUCCUGACCAGACACCCUCAACUGUCCGACCGUGCCGACUUGCAGUGCAUCCACUGUCCUGAGAUCUUUCUGGACGAGGGCUCGCUCGUCACUCAUAUCGAAACGCAGCAUGCCAACCGCAAACACAAAUGUCCUGUUUGUUCAGAACAAUUCCCCUCUGUGGAGGAUGUCUACUGCCACCUGGACAGCCACCGCCAAGCUGACUCCUCCAAUCACAGCGCCGCCAGCCCCGACCCUGCGCUGGGGAGCGUUGCUUCGAUGAGUUCGGCCACUCCGGACUCCAGCGCCAGCCUGGAGAGAGGAUCCACGCCCGACUCCACCCUCAAGCCCAGCCAGGGCAGCGAACGAGGCCGCAGAAGAGGGAACGACAGCGGGGAGGAAAUCGGGAUAAACCUGGGGAAUCCGGGUGGAGGUGAUUUGCACCACACACAUUCCAGUGGAGGAGGAAGUUGGGGCAAAGUGACAUACUCCUGCCCGUACUGCUCGAAGAGAGAUUUCAACAGCUUGGCUGUGCUGGAGAUCCAUUUAAAGACCAUCCAUGCUGACAAGCCGCAGCAGAGCCAUACAUGUCAGCUCUGCCUGGACACAUUACCCACGCUCUACAAUCUCAACGAACACGUGCGCAAAGCUCACCGUGCCAGCGGAGGAGCCGCCAGCCCGGCAGCGGCGGCCUUUCCGCUCCUGCAGUUCACCAACGUGACAGCGUUCCACUGCAACUACUGUCCGGACAUGUUUGGGGACAUCAACUCGCUGCAAGAACACAUCCGGGUGUCCCACUGUCUGCCUGGUGGGAUUAUGGCGGGCUCCACCACGUUAGAAGGGAACCAUGCCUUCUUCUGCAACCAGUGUUCCAUGGGAUUUCUGACAGAGUCUUCGUUGACGGAACAUAUUCAACAGACACACUGCAUGUCGGCUGCGGGCGGCAGGGCUGCGUCCGGGGGAGCGGUGGCCAAACUGGAGUCCCCGGUGCUGCAGUCCGCAUCCCAAUCUUUCAUGGAGGUUUACUCCUGUCCGUACUGCACCAACUCGCCUAUCUUCGGCUCCCUCCUCAAGCUCACCAAGCACAUCAAGGAGAACCACAAGAACAUUCCGUUGGCGAACAACAAAAGACAAGCGAAGGUGGCAGACCUGAGCCCCGCCUCCUCCGACGUGGAGAUCUCCUCCCCGAAACGCCACAGGCUGGGAGGUGACUCCACCCCCUCCGUAGGCAGCAACGGGGACUACCCCUGCAACCAGUGCGACCUGCGGUUUUCCAGCUUUGAGGGUUUCCAGGCGCACCUGAAGUCGCACCUGGAGAUGCUGCUGAGGCGCCAGUCGUGCCCGCAGUGCAACAAGGAGGACUUCGAAUCCCAGGAGGCGUUGCUGCAACACUUGACCGUGCACUACACCACCACGUCCACUCAGUACGUGUGUGAGAGCUGCGAUAAGCAGUUCUCCUCGGUGGACGACCUGCAGAAACACCUGCUGGACAUGCACACCUUUGUCCUCUACCACUGCACACUCUGCCAGGAAGUCUUUGACUCCAAGGUCUCCAUCCAGGUCCAUCUAGCAGUGAAACACAGCAAUGAGAAGAAGCUGUUUCGUUGCACAGCCUGUGCCUGGGACUUCAGGAAGGAAACAGAACUGCAGCUCCAUGUAAAGCAUAACCACCUGGGCCAGAGGGCAGGCCUCCCUGGAGGGCUUGGAGCAGGUCUCAAGCCCAGGAAGUGCAUCUUCUGCGGAGAGACGUUUGGAACGGAGGUGGAGCUCCAGUGUCACAUCACCACUCACAGCAAGAAGUUCACAUGCCGCUUCUGCGGCAAGACCUUCCACGCCAUCUCGCAGCUGGAGAGACACCUCAGGGAGAAGCACUGCAUCUUCGACGGUGGCAACGCCAGCGGCAACGGCGGCGGCACGGGUAGCAGCAGUAGCCAGAACGGCACACCCAACGGCCUGACGCAGUCGUCCAAACGAGGCGGGAGCGGCGGCGCAGGUGCAAACGCCACAGAGAGAACCACGGUGGCGGCCGCAGAGCAAGCCGACCUCCAGAACAUGUUGCUGAAGAACAGCGUCGGCCAGGCUGGAGACGCAGCCAACAGCCACGAGGCCAGCGGGGGCGAGGAGGAGCUGGACAACUCUGAGCCCAUGUACGCCUGCGACAUUUGUGGCGCGGCGUACACCAUGGAGUCCCUUCUUCAGAACCACCGGCUGCGAGACCACAACAUCCGGCCAGGAGACGAUGACGCGGGUUCACGGAAAAAGAAGGCAGACUUCAUCAAGGGAAACCACAAGUGCAACGUCUGUUCCCGGACUUUCUUCUCUGAGACCGGACUUCGCGAGCACGCUCAGACGCACCGCGGCCCCGCCAAACACUACAUGUGUCCGAUAUGUGGCGAGCGAUUCCCUUCCCUGUUAACCCUCACAGAACACAAGGUGACCCACAGUAAGAGCCUGGACACGGGAACCUGUCGAAUCUGUAAGAUGCCGCUGCACAGCGAGGAGGAGUUUAUAGAACACUGCCAGAUGCACCCUGACCUCAGAAACUCCCUCACGGGCUUCCGCUGCGUAGUCUGCAUGCAGACCGUCACCUCCACCCUGGAGCUCAAGAUCCACGGCACUUUCCACAUGCAGAAACUCUCCACCGGUUCCGCCCUUGGAGGAACCGGUGGGGGACUGGGGAACGCAGCGGGAAACGGCUCGGCAUCUUCCUCCCCCAACGGGCAGCUGCAGCAGCACAAGUUUUAUAAGUGUGCUUUUUGUCUGAAGGAGUUUAAGAACAAAGGGGAGCUGGUGAAGCUGGACGUGAACGGCCUGCCUUAUGGCCUCUGUGCCGGCUGCAUGAGCAGGGGCACUAACGGCCACAGCCCCAACCAAGGAGGGGCUCUCACACCAGGGGACGCCCAGGGGGAGAAGCCUGUGUCCGGGCUGAGGUGUCCUGAGUGUGGGGUGAAGUUCGAAAGCGUGGAGGACCUGGAGAGUCACGUCCAGACCGAUCACCCCGAUGUCAGCCCUGAAAGCUCAGCCGGGAAAAAGGCCGAGGCCUCACCCGCUCCUAAGAAAAAGACCUACCAGUGUAUUAAGUGCCAAAUGACGUUUGAGACCGAGCGGGAGAUCCAGAUUCAUGUUGCAAACCACAUGAUCGAAGAGCCCACCUGUCGGCAAGAGGAGGGCAUCAAUCACGAGUGCAAGCUGUGCAACCAGAUGUUUGAUUCACCUGCCAAGCUGCUCUGCCACCUGAUAGAACACAGCUUCGAAGGCAUGGGAGGUACCUUCAAGUGUCCCGUCUGCUUCACAGUGUUUGUACAAGCCAACAAGCUGCAGCAGCACAUCUUUGCCGUCCACGGUCAAGAGGACAAGAUCUACGACUGUUCUCAGUGUCCUCAGAAGUUCUUCUUUCAGACCGAACUGCAGAACCACACACUGAGUCAGCACGCGCAGUGAGACCCGGGGCCCGGCAGGAUCUCCCGGCUCAGUCGGGGCCCCCGACCCGGCGCCUGGCGGGGGACCUACAUCUCCACAUCACAGCCAAUCAAAGUGUCAUUUGCCACUCACAUGUAAAAGUGUAACGAUCGCACCGCCGGGUGUGGCUAUUAGCGGGGGAGGGGGAAGGUGGGGGGGGGUGCGGAAUAUUAAUAGGAGACGCUAUUAAAUAAAGCGGCGCCGCUGCACGUGACGGCGAGGGGAGAGGACUAAAACAAGGUAUUGUACGUGCAGUAUUUCAACUUUCACACGCAUUCUGUUACCAUGUGGAUUGUUAUUUUUUUAACAGAUAAAAAAAAAAAAAAAAGGUUUUUGGACGAUCCAAAAAAAUGUUCUCUUCCCCGAUAUUAUUUUUCUUCUUUUUCUAUUUCUACCUUUAAGUUCCCGCGUCAGUAGGUACUCGUGCCGUGUUGUGAUGGUCUGCCAGUCGUGACUUUCUUCUCAGUUCUCCUCCUUCCUGUGAUUAUUGUUAUAUAUAUUUCUUCCUUUUUUGUAAUUACUAUAAAAAAAAGACAAAGGAACAAAUUAAAAAGCAAAAAAAAAAAGUUUUCUUUUUUUCUUCCUCUUUUUUUUUUUUUUUUUUCCAGAAUUGGGUUUUCCAGUCUUUAUGGGGCCUAUAAUGAUUAUUGUAAAAAAUGAAAAAAAAUAAAAAAUAAUAUCAGCAA